AUGGCCCGUCACGAUAAAGAAUUGGAGCAGAUAAAUAUCAAGCAUUCGAUCGGCGGCAGAAAAAACAGGCAACACGCUAGCAGGGAGGACAUAUUACGCAUGACUAAGAAGAAUGAGGAAGCGGAGUACGAUACGUGUGGGAUAGGAUCCAGUUCUAACAUUCGUCCAUGCUUUCAGGUUGUUCAUUACUUUGGAAAUCUCAGCAAAAGCAUAAAAAUUCUGGCAAUUCAACUUGAGGCUGAAUAUUGCGAUGCUCUCGAUUUGUUGUUUGAUGGAAUUCAGUGUCAAAGAAUUGAAGAAUGGCGUAUGAAUGAUGUCAGUUUUCGGUCAAGCUUGAUUGAAACUUCAGAGAUACCUGACAUAUUCAACCCAGCGCAGUGUGAAAUGCUUAGAAACUGGGACGGCGAGCUUAGAUAUUUACCAAAUUUUAAAUUCACACGAUUUGGUAAAAAUCACUUACUGAAAGCCACACGCCAUAGCUUGAAACCCAGCAAAAAAUCUACGCCAAAGACUAGUGACACGAAUCUUGACAAAUUGAUGGUGGAAACACAUGGUAAAGACAGUACAGAAGACAAGGAAACGAGCAGUAGAAGUGGUAUAAGCGACAAACCUUGUUCUAUGGAAAUUGAAUAAAUAA